AUAUUGGUUCUUAAAACAAAAGAACAAUGGGUUUCCAUGAGAGGGUGUGGUUAAAAACUGCUCAUUCUGCACGUGUGAAUAAGCAGCAACAUGGCGUUAGUUACUGAAGGCAUUCUUUUUGGCAUGGGGAACCCUCUCCUUGACAUAUCCGCCGAGGUGCCAGCCUCCUAUCUCCAGAAAUACUCCCUGAAACCUAAUGACGCCAUCCUAGCCGAAGAGAAGCACAUGCCGAUAUACAGCGAGCUGAUCAAAGAUCACCAACCAGUACAAUAUAUUGCUGGAGGUGCUACACAAAACAGUAUCAGAGUCGCUCAAUGGAUGCUCCAGAAAGAAAAGGCUACUAGUUAUAUAGGUUGCGUGGGAAGUGAUGAUUUUGGUGAGAAGCUAGGAGCUCAAGCAGGCGGCGAUGGUGUCCGUGUAUCUUAUCUCAAGUCAACGGAGCAUGCAACUGGUACCUGUGCUUGCUUGAUCACUGGUAAAGUACGCUCACUUGUCGCUAACCUUGGAGCUGCUAAUCAUUACAAGAAAGACCAUCUCUUGCAGCCGGAGAAUUGGGCCCUUGUUGAGAAUGCCCGCUAUGCGUACAUCAGCGGGUUUUUCCUCACCGUCUCUCCGGAAUCAAUCGUCGAGGUCGGGAAACAUUGUGCAGAAACCAACAAGUAUUUCAUGAUGAAUCUCUCGGCUCCGUUCAUACCAAUGGUCUUCAAAGAGAAGCUCCUUGAGGCUCUGCCCUACACUGAUAUACUGUUCGGCAAUGAAGGAGAAGCAGAUGCGCUUUCAGCCGCAUUGGAUCUUGGAACAAAGGACAUCAAAGAAAUUAUUAAAAAGGUCCAGGUACUGCCUAAGGUUAAUCAAGGCCGUAAGAGGAUCGUUAUAUUCACUCAAGGAGCUGGACCAGUUUUAGUCUGUCAGGAUGGAGAGACGACAGAGUAUCCAAUAAUCCCAGUGACAGAGGAGGAGAUUGUCGAUACUAACGGAGCUGGUGAUGCUUGGGUCGGAGGUUUUCUCUCUCAACUCGUUCAACAGAAAUCAAUUGAAGACUGUGUUAAAGGAGGGAACUACGCUGCAAACGUGGUCAUUAAGCGCUCAGGAUGCACCUACCCGGAAAAACCUCAGUUCUAAUGUUACUAUAUUUAGUAACGGGUACUGAUGUUACUAUAUUUAGUAACGAAUUGUGUACUUUUAUUAUUAUUAAUUUAUUAUAAUUUCAAUUGGUUUGUGCUAAAAAUAAUCAUUGCUGAUCUAAAUAAAUAUUAUUUAUUAAUAAAAAAUUUAGAAAAGAAUUCAAUUCUGUUGUCUCUC